AUGGAUAAAUCCAAUCCAUGCUGGUAUCCUACACGCCUGCUAGAGAUCCAGCCUCGAAAGUUGGAACCCGUGCUGAUCGAGACCAAAGCCCGCCUACUCGAUGGAGGGUAUGCGUGCCUUGGUCACUGCUGGGGCUCCUUGCCCAUCAUUAGGCUGCUUCGUGACAACUACGGCUCAUUCCGUAAGGGCAUCGAUCCGGCCCUUUUACCGAAAACCUUCCGCGAUGCAAUCGACUUCUGCAAGGAACUCGGGCUCCGUUACCUUUGGAUAGACAAGGAGUCAAACAUGAUGUGCCAAGUUUACCGCAACUCGGCGUUGUGUCUCUCUGCAGCUGGUGCUUCAGAGGCUAGCAAAGGACUUUACUUUGACAGGAACACCCAAGAUAUUUGCCCAUUCCCACGAUGUCCGGCUUCUUUAAGCGAUGAAUGUAAGCGAGACACCCAAAAUCUGCUCUGCCGUAAUUGGUAUCUUGUACCUGGGGACUUCUACACAAACCUGUGUGCUAGGACAUAUACCUUCGACCGCGCUUGGAUCUUCCAGGAACGUUUUCUUGCUAGCCGCGUACUGCACUUCGGAAGAAAGCAGUUGUUUUGGGAAUGCUGUACAGCAAAUUACUGCGAAACAUUUCCGGAGGGCGUCCCACAAGAUAUACGUACCUAUUCCUUUACUGAAGCCAUAGUCCAUCCUCGCAUCUUCGAUAUUGCUAGUCGAUCGGUUGCAGCACAAAUGCAGAUGACGUGGGAGGCUCUCGUCACUGAGUACACGCGGUGUGAUCUAUCUAAUCUAAGCGAUAAACUCAUAGCCCUUUCUGGAAUGGCACAAAGUGUAUGGUUAGACUGGAGGAGUAAGAUAGAUGGGGACGUCCAAUAUAUCGCUGGGAUAUGGAACAUACACCUGCCGCAUGCGUUGCUCUGGACUUGUACGCUUUGCGGCCCGCGUCCUGCGACAUAUAUUGCACCGACGUGGUCGUGGGCCUCUACGGACGGACAAAUUGACUUCCAGCUGCGCCACUGGAAUCACGCAUACGAAUUUACAUCGAUUAUUCUCGACGUACAAAUCUCAUACGUCAAGUCGUGUUGGGGCCAGGUUGAGAAUGGGCACAUAUGGGCAAAAGGGCCAAUUCGGAAGAUAAAAUGGCUGAUGCGCAACGAGUACUCAAUUUACGCCACACAUGAUGAGGAGCAGCCUCUUCCGACUGAAGAUAUACCCAGCGAGUACGGCAUCGAGAUAGAGCCCGACGAAACAUAUGAUGUGUGUACUCAGGGUUGGAGCGAGUUGCAUGCACUUCUCGUCAUGCGCUUUCUGGAUCCAUGCGUGCAGAGUCGAUGUGUCCUCGUUCUUAGCCCUGUGAAUGGUCAGUGUAAUACAUUCCAUCGCGUUGGUAUUAUGUCACAGAUGUCAGGUGUACAAGUAGCGGGAUGGUUUGAUGGUGUGAUACAGCAAACGAUCAAGAUAAUUUGA